GAAACUUGCGAAAACUUCACAAACUGCCACAGUCGCGAACGGGUGUGCAUUUUCUCCGUCCGUACGAAUCUGUUUCCGCGAAAUUCGGUCCCCACGGGCUUCGACAAGUAACGAAAGGUGCGUCUCGCAGUAUCUGGUAUUUUCGACAACUGGAACACCGAUUUCCGGUCAACGAAAGUGCAUCGCUUCGGAGAAGUUAGUCGUUCGAAUUUUUGUGUAACCCAGUUGAUUUUCCCCAAAUUGAAUUAAGUGAACCUGAAUGCUGUGACAAUGUUUUCCAAGAAGAAGAAAAAGCCACAAAUCUCGUUUCCGAGUAAUUUCGAGCAUCGAGUUCAUACGGGGUUCGACAAGCGGGAAGGUCGCUAUGUGGGCCUGCCCCUGCAAUGGGCUUCGAUCGUGGGAAACAAUCAAAUCCUGAAAUCGACCAAUCGUCCCCUGCCACUGGUAGACCCUUCCGAAAUCACUCCGACUGAAAUCCUGGAUCUGAAAACAAUCGUGCGACCCCAUCAAGGUCAUGGAGGUCCAAUAUUGGGCCCACCUUCGACGACCGGCAGCGUAGCGGAACAACCCGGCAAGCUGAUCCUGCCCAAAACAUCCAGUGUAGCCCGCUCGAACUCGCUAAGAAGUUCCAGUCCACCACGCGUUCGACGUGGCGAGUUGCGGGCUAACACGAACGUACCACCGUCAGUCCCAGAGGAACCGUUGCAGCUCGGCGGAGGACAAUCGCCCUUCCCAACGGCCAACAACAGCUUCCCACCGGUCCCAUCCAAGCAACAUUUCCCCGGAAAUCCGCACCAUCUUCAUGCUCCUCAGCAUCAACAACAACAACAGCAGCAGCAGCAAAGUUCUCCUUUCGCGGAUAAUCAAGCUCAUAAUUUCAAUCAUCUUAACAACAACGGCUUCGAUCCGCAACACCCGCAUCAACAUCAACAUCAGCACCAGUUGCCCUACAAUCACAACCACCAGGCAGCGGCAAACCAACAAACUCAACCGGUGGCUGGUCUCAAUCACCACCAUCAUCAUCAUUUGAAUGGAAAUCUUGUCACAGGGCAGCAACAGCAACAACAACAAAUCCACCAGCAUCAGCCGGCUGCAGUGUCCCCUGGCAGCAAUGGUAGCAGCAAUGCGACCAACGGAAAUCAUCUCGCCAAUCCGGUGAAUGUUGCGACCAGCGAUGUGGCCGGUGGGGGACCACCGUAUCAUAACAGAUCCCAGAAACCAUCUCCCACCGGAUCGGAAGGUCUGUUGAGGUACCCGCAUCAAAGCUUUCCGGGUCAGUUUCCCGGAUCGGUUCAUCCGCAGCAACAUGGCAAUGGACCUCCUCCGCUGCAUAAUAAACCCGGCGGAUUCAACAACAUUUCUCCGCUGGGCCAAAAUUCAUCCGCCGUGCCACCUCCUCACAACAACCAUCACCAUCAAGGUAUGAACGAAUCGAAUAUUGAAUCGAAAUUGAGCCCUGAUGCAAAUGGUAUAUCAGCAGCAAAUCCUGCCAACCAUCACCAUCACCAUCACCCGAACCAUAUAGGUGGGCCUGCCGGUCUUCACCCGCAACAACCUGGGCAACCGUCUCCCGGUGGACAUCAUCAUCCGCAGCAACCUAUGACAGGAAUGGUUACCGGUAAUGGGCCCAUGAAUGGUCCAGCCGUCUCCUUCCCUGGUCAUCACCAUCAAUCGAACCCUAACCACAUGCAUCAACACCAACACAACAAAAUGCCCUCGCCAGGAUCGGUGACGGGAUCGAUGACGGCAGCAGAUCCUAGUGUAAAUAGCCUGAACAACAACAACAACAAUAUUCAUCCCAGUACAAAGGCAAACAGCCGAGCGUCCAGUUCCAGUGGUGGAAACGUAUCGGUAGCUCACAGUACCAGUUCAUCCGUACAGACGGGAAGCACCGGCCAGCAGAGUGGAGCGGCAGCAGGAGCGGCCAAAGCCGAGCAACGAUUGACCCAUGAACAGUUCCGUGCGGCACUUCAAAUGGUAGUUUCCGCCGGAGAUCCAAGGGAAAAUCUGGAAAACUUCACCAAGAUUGGUGAAGGCUCAACCGGUACCGUGUGUAUAGCGACCGAUAAAUCUACUGGUCGCCAAGUGGCCGUCAAAAAGAUGGACCUGCGCAAACAGCAGCGCCGAGAGCUGCUCUUCAACGAAGUCGUCAUCAUGCGAGACUAUCACCAUCCCAACAUUGUCGAAACCUACAGCAGCUUCCUGGUGAAUGACGAACUGUGGGUGGUGAUGGAGUACCUGGAGGGAGGAGCCCUCACCGAUAUCGUGACCCAUUCCCGGAUGGACGAGGAACAGAUCGCUACCGUCUGCAAGCAGUGCCUCAAAGCACUGUCCUAUUUGCACUCUCAGGGUGUCAUACACCGGGACAUCAAAUCGGACUCGAUUCUGUUAGCUUCGGAUGGACGCGUAAAGUUGUCCGAUUUCGGAUUUUGCGCUCAGGUGUCCCAGGAGCUUCCGAAACGUAAAUCUCUAGUGGGUACCCCGUACUGGAUGUCUCCGGAAGUGAUCUCCCGAUUGCCGUACGGCCCGGAAGUCGACAUCUGGUCUCUCGGAAUCAUGGUCAUAGAAAUGAUCGAUGGGGAGCCACCGUUCUUCAACGAACCCCCGCUCCAGGCAAUGCGAAGAAUUCGCGAUAUGCCUCCUCCAAAGUUGAAAAAUUCUCACAAAGUAUCCAGUCGUUUGCAAAACUUCCUGGACCGGAUGCUGGUUCGGGAUCCAGUUCAGCGGGCUACAGCUGCAGAGCUGUUGUCGCAUCCGUUCCUCCGACAAGCUGGUUCGCCUUCGCUUUUAGUGCCUUUGAUGAGGGGAGCUAGACACAGUAACUGUUAGAAGUGCAUGUAUAAACAGAAGGAAAAAAAUCUAGUAGUAUUUUGGAACAACUUAAAGUUAGGUAUUUUAAAAGGGUCUUACUGUAUAUAUCUAUUGACUAAUCCUUACUUUCGCCAUUCAACGAGAAUGUAUAACGAGUUUCAAAACUUCGUCCUCAUUCGUACGGCCCAAUUUUAUGUUAGGUUUAAGUUUAUUCUCCUCGAACGUGAUUUUUCGUUAUCCUCCUGAAAUUUGUAAUUAAGUUUUCUCAUUUUAUUGCAAACGAAAAGUAUAUACAUACAUAUAAACUGGAUAAGAUUGAUUUUUCUGUAUUUGAAGGUGGAAUACAUCUACCACGGUGAAUUUAUUGCGAACAAUAUUAUAUACGAUGAAAAAAGUACUACAUACUUAUGCAACUUUUGUAAGCUUAACAUUCCAACAGUAUUUUAAUAAACAUAGGCAGCAAGGAAUCGCGCCUCUAAUGGAGCUUUUAAAUUAUGAAUUAGUUGUUUUAGGCUUUUAACGGCAACUUGAAAGUUUGUGUCAUUUAUAAAUUAAAAAAACGCCUUUUCCCCAGGUUACUGUUUGAACUGUUUUUAAAACGGUAGAGUUAGUAUAAGUUAAAGUCUUUUAAACGCUCCACUAUCCGAAAAGUAUUUAUUAUUGCGAAUAUUACCCGAAAGUAUAAGAAAUCUCCAUUCCUGUAUUUCAAAUCGAUCUGUUUCAAAGCUGUAGCGCUACGAAUCAUUUCCAACCGAACUCAACCGAAACGUCAAGGACUGAAGUGUGAAAGUAAUAGUUGCCUUAUACAGAAAGAGAGAAAAAAAACAAUAUUUUUAACGCCAGACCCCAUAUGAGAGAUAAGUACCCCAUGUAUGAUACAUCUGAUUCAUGUGAUGAAAACAGAAUUGUUUCCUAUGAAAAUUUUACAAAAGAAUGGGAACACAGGAACUUUGCCUUCAUAUUGAUAAGUGUUUUUUUUUAAAGAAUAUUGAAAAUAGUCCUAUUAUGCAAAACAGACCAUCCCAUUUGCUAAUCAUAAGUUUAGCUUAGUUAUGAAAGUUUUUAUGGUUUCCUACGAUAUAUUUUCUGUCAGUUGUGAUAACGUUCAUUUUUCACGAAAUGUUUAUUUUGGAACCAAUCAACAGGGAGGCAAAGUUCUUGUGAAUGCAAGUUUGCAACGUGUAUGAUCUACUCAACCACCCGUUUCAAACCAGCAAAAAGUUAGGUAUAUAUUUUAAAUACGAUCUAGGUCAAAAACUGGUGGAACAACAUGUCAGUAAGAAGAUAACCUUAUUGCGCCUCGAAGGAACAGUGUGACUUUUUUGACGUUACUGAUAUUUAGCAACAGGACAAUCGAAAGUACAUACAUUUGUUACUCUAAGUUAUCGAUACAUCUAGCAGCAGUUAUUACUAUGUUAAACCAUAUGUUACAACUAUAUGAAUCUGUAAAGAUUUUUAAAUAAACGUAAUCAUAGAACCGUG